AUGUUCCCGCCGCAGCAGAUAUUCCAACAGGCAGCAACACAUUCGAACAGGGGGGUUCUUCGGGCUUUACCGCGGUUAUUAUUACUUUCUAGGAAUUUCUCGAGUUUGAUGGAUAUCAAUACUGGGUAUUCGGGUAUGAGUUCUAAGGGUGGAGUUACAUUAGAUGAACUUCCAAAGUCACAUGUUUUCACUGAUAAAUUACCUCCGGACCCGAACGUACCAACCCCACAAGUCGCGGAUUCGAACCAGCGCCCCAAACCGGGAUUGGUAAAAAAUGCAGCGUUCACAUGGAUUAAACCCGAAGAAACGCCGGAUUAUGAAUUACUCGCGGUUAGUCCUGCUGCAUUUGACAGUAUUGGAUUGAAGAGAGGGGAGGAAAAAGAAGAAGGGUUUGGGAAGUUGGUUAGUGGGAAUAAAAUCUUUGAGGAACAUUAUCCUUGGGCUCAGUGUUAUGGGGGGUAUCAAUUUGGCCACUGGGCAGGCCAACUUGGUGAUGGGAGAGCAAUAAGCCUCUUCGAGAGUACAAACCCUUCCACCGGUGUACGAUAUGAAUGGCAGCUCAAAGGUGCCGGAACAACCCCCUAUUCUCGAUUUGCAGACGGCAAAGCAGUUCUCCGCUCUUCAAUCCGCGAAUUCAUAGUCUCCGAAGCCCUCCACGGUCUAAAAAUCCCCACCACUAGAGCACUCUCCUUAACCCUCCUACCCAAAAAGAAGGCACAAAGGGAAACCAUCGAGUCCUGCGCCAUAGUAACUCGUUUCGCACAAUCAUGGCUAAGAGUCGGAACUUUUGAUUUACCUUAUAGUAGGAACGACAGAAACCUCACUAGAAAACUUGCUGAUUACGCUAUUGAAGAAGUCUAUGGUGGGGUUAAGAAUUUGGGAGGUCCUAGGGAGGAAAGCGACGGUGGAGAACCGGAUGGAGAACCUAAUAGAUAUGAACUGUUUUAUAGAGAAGUGGUGAGGAGGAAUGCAAGGACGGUGGCGUAUUGGCAGGCGUAUGGGUUUAUGAACGGGGUUUUGAAUACAGAUAACACGAGUAUCUUGGGAUUGAGUCUGGAUUUCGGACCGUUCAGUUUUAUGGAUAACUUCGACCCAAGUUUCACCCCAAACCACGACGACUCCUCCCUCCGCUACUCCUACCGCAACCAACCCACAAUAAUCUGGUGGAACAUGGUCCGACUCGGCGAAUCCCUCGCCGAACUCUUCGGCUUAGGUUCUCUCGUCGACUCCCCGCAAUACCUCUCCUCGGGCCUACAACCCUCGCAAGUCGAACCCCUAACGAAACGCGCAGAAUCCAUAAUCGACCGCGCGGGUAUAGAAUACAAAACAACCUUCAUAUCAACCUACCAAACCCUCAUGUCCCAACGUCUGGGAUUCCAAACUAACAAAGAAAUCGACAUGGAAAAUCAUUUUACUACCGCCUUGGAUUUGAUGGAGAAGUUGGGGUUGGAUUUUAAUCAUUUCUUUAGGAGGUUGGCGGAUUUACCUAUCAGUCAUAUGGGAGAUGAAGAUAGUAGGGUUAUGGCUGCUGAACAUUUUUUUAAUGAGAAUUCGGCGGUUAAUAUGCCGGGUCUGGCGGCGAGGGAUAAGCUUAAGGAGAAGGAGAAGGCGAAGAAGGAGAUUGCGGAGUGGUUGGGGAAGUGGAGGGAGAGACUUGCGGAGGAGGAUGGGGGGUUGGAUGAUGAACGGAGGCAGAGGGAGAUGAAGAAGGUUAAUCCUAGGUUUUUGCCAAAGAAUUGGGUGUUGGAUGAAUUAAUCAACCGCGUCCAAAGAAACGGAGAAAGAGAUAUUCUGCAUAAAAUCCUAGAUAUGUCGUUACGUCCCUUUGAAGACCACUGGGGGCCCGAGAGUGAAUGGGCAGAAGAGGAUAGACUUUGUGGGGAUGUACCACCUCAAGAUGCUGGGAUGCAAUGUUCUUGUAGUUCUUGA